CCGUUUCAUCUUCUGCGUCCCUCUCCUCCAGCUCCGCCGCGUCGCUUUCUCUCUUAGGUCCUACCUCUGCUUCGAUUGCCCCACCGGAUUCGAUCGCAAUUCUCAUUCCGAUUAACUUCCCGGCGCUGUUUCCACGGAUCGUCAAAUUUGCUCCUUCGAUUUUUAUAUAUCCACCACAUGUCUGUUAUUUACUUUGAUUUUGUAAUUUGUUUGUUUGUAACCGAAAGGGACAUUGUAUUAAAAAGUUGACUACCAGAAUAAACCGGAAAUUUAUAAAAUGACUGAAACCAAACCGGUUUUCGAGGAAUUCGUCGUCGUCGUCGUCGCAGGAGAGAAGAAAGCGGAGACGUGUAAGCCAAAAGAACAUCGAAGGUUUCGUGAGGAAGAAGAUGAAGUCGCUAGUGGCCCAUUUCUCUACGCCUUUAAUCACCGCUAGAUUCUUCCCCACAUGUCUCACUCAUCGACCAUCGAUCUCCGCCGUCGCUUUCCCCACCGCCCGCCGCCCAAAUUAUCAUCUCACCAUGGCCUCGGCAGCUCAGUCUUCUUCUCAGGCUGUAUCACCGGGGAGCGUCAACAGUGAUACAGAUGUUUUCAAAUUGAUUCAAGCUCACGAGGAGAAGGCUGCUCGUCUUUCUCCAGUGGAAGAAAUUCGAACUGUGCUUAAUGGUAGUGUUCGUGGUAUGCUUUCCACUUUUUCUCGGAAGUAUGAGGGUUAUCCUUCAGGUUCAAUGGUUGAUUUUGCAUGUGAUGCUGAUGGCUCUCCGAUUCUGGCAGUGAGUAGCUUGGCGAUGCAUUCAAAGGAUCUGUUAGCUAAUCCAAAAUGCUCAUUACUGAUUGCUAUCAACCCAGAGGAUAGAACCGGUUUGAGGAUCACCUUGCAUGGUGAUGCAGUGUUGGUUUCUGACAAAGAUCAAGCGGCUAUUCGAACUGCUUAUUUAGCCAAGCACCCCAGUGCUUUCUGGGUUGAUUUUGGAGACUUCAGCUUUAUGCGGAUUGAGCCGAAAGUGGUCAGAUAUGUUUCAGGGAUUGCAACUGCUUUUCUAGGAUCUGGAGAAUUCAGCAAAGAAGAGUACCAAAGAGCCAAAGUGGAUCCUAUAGCUCAGUUUGCGAAGCCAGUAACGUCUCACAUGAAUACAGACCAUGAAGAGGAUACCAUAGCCAUUGUACACCAUACAACAUCCAUACCUGUGGAGAGCGCCUUGAUGCUUAAUUUGGACAGCCUUGGUUUUAACGUUAAGGCUACUCUUCAAGGGAACACCUUUAAGCUCCGAGUUCCGUUCCCAAGACGCGCACUAGACAGAAAGGAUGUGAAGACAUUGAUAGUGGAAAUGCUUCAAGCUGCCAAGUCUGUUUCCAAUUAGUUUGCUAUAGAAAAGAUGGAAAAGCUCUCUUCCUCCUGAAAAUUUCGUGCUACAACAAAAAAAGCUUCAACCUUGACACAGUCCUCAUCCCUAUUUAUCAGUUGCCAAAGAAAACUCUUUUAGUCCUGUAUAUAUCUUAAGGAGACUAUAACUUUACUUGAUACAUAAAAAAAAGUUACAUAAAUGGAUAUUUGUGAAAUUAAUGACACUUGUCAUCACAAAGA